AUGCUAGGCAUCAAAUAUGACGUCUUUCGGCGUGCACAGAGCUUUCCGCUCGUGCGCUUCUGGUGGCGCCGGGCGGUGCGAUUCGAUGAGCGAACAGGAAUGUUGACGGCGGGUAUUCCCCUGACGAUUGCGCUGUUUGCGUCCAUUACUGUCACUACGGUCAUCUUGGAUCGUCAGUUUGAGCUGAGGGACAUGCGAGCGCGCACGAUCAGCAAGCGGGAGGCGAGCUUGGAGGAGGAACACCGAGCCAUGCGUGAGUUCCUGAAGGGAACAGAGGACGAGUAUGAGAUGAAAGAGAUUCCAGACUCAUGGAGGAUCGGGCGGUGA